AUGGCAACACACCAAGAACCCCCUCUCACUGGGAUCCGCGUGCUCGAGUUCGCGGGUCUGGCUCCAGGCAAGCUCCUCUCUAUCUCUGUAUGCCCCUUUGCAGGCCUCCUCCUCGCCGACUACGGUGCUUUGGUCCUCCGCUUGGACCGCGCAACCACAGCACCCACCACGACGCCGAGCGACCAGCUCACGCGUCGCAAAACGUCGAUACGCGUCGACAUGAAAUCCGCAGCGGGCAUCUCUCUCAUCAAGAAGCUCAUCCCCAAAGUCGACGUGGUGAUCGAUCCGUUCCGACCAGGCGUGUUAGAGAAGCUUGGUCUGGGCCCAGACGUCCUGCUCGGUAUCAACCCCAGAGUAAUACUGGCGCGAAUGACGGGCUUCAGGAGAGACGGGAAGUACAGUGCUAUGGCGGGGCACGAUAUCAAUUACAUUGCUGUUAGCGGUGUUCUGUCGCUGUUCGGGAGACAGGGCGAGAGGCCGUAUCCGCCGUUGAACAUCAUGGGGGAUUUUGCGGGCGGGGGCGCUAUGUGCUUCAUUGGGGUUCUGCUCGCGUUGUUGGGGAGGGAGAGGACGGGGAGGGGACAGGUCGUCGAGGCGAAUAUGGUGGAUGGGAGUGCCAUCUUGGCUACGAUGCCGCGGUUGGGACUGAAGGGGGCGAGCUGGGGCGGGGAGAGGGGCACCAAUAUGUUGGAUGGCGGGGCGCCGUUUUACGAGACGUACGAAACGGCGGAUGGGCGGUGGGUUGCUGUAGGCGCUAUCGAACCACAAUUCUACGCUGCUCUACUCAAGGGCUUGAAUCUCUCUCCGUCGGACCUCCCCGGCACACGGGACAAUAAAUCAGACUGGCCUGCUAUAAAACGCUUCUUCGCUGACACGUUCAAGUCCAAGACGCGCGAGGAAUGGGAAGCUAUCUUUGACGGCACGGAUGCAUGCGUCACGCCUGUGCUUACCCAUGCAGAACUUGAGGCUCAGGGUUUCGAUCAGCGACCUGCUGUCACGUUGAGGGCGACGCCUGGAUACGCGAUACAGGAGGGAGGGGAGGCGAGAGAGGCAGCCGUGGGUCAGGGGACGGGGGUGGAGGGAAGUGGAUGGGUAGAGAGGGGAUUGAAAGCUGGCGAUGGAGGGGAGGAAACUUUGAACUCGUGGAUGGGUUGGACGAGAGGGCGGCAGUUUGUUGAAAGUAAGGGGGGCUUGGAGUGGAGGGAUGGAGCGAAGUUGUAG